UUUCUUAUUCCCAAAGCCAAAAGCCAGACUUGUAGCCUUUCGCUUUCGGUUUUCCAACACUCCUAUAUUAAAAUAUUCACCAAGAACUCGUGAAGGCUUACUGCUGAUUAAUUAAACAAUGAUUUGUACCAUCCACAUCCAGCCAAUUCUUUUCCAGACAGGCUGUAUUAUCAAUUAUGAAUGAAAUGAUUGACUUUCUAAACUACCCAAUUCGAUCCUAAGUUGUUUGUUCGUUUCACUUUAUCUUGUUUUUCUCAAUGAUGCUGUUAUUCCUGUUCGUGAGAUGAAAAGGGGAAAAAAUGGUUAUGGAAAAUGAUUAGAAAAGGUCAACUGUGCAAUGUGCAUGGAUUAAUUGGAUAUGUCAAUGUCUCUUUCAGUAGCGUUUGACCUGCAAAAAAAUGUCAAUCCCCUCUUUUAUGGCAAGGAGAAAAUGACAUCUUGAAGAAAUGACCCUUUUCCUUCUGGAAGCUGGAGUACAAAGAAGCUGACAAUGACAUGAAGCCAAUCGCUUGUUUAGUCAAAGAGACAGAGUUCUUCAGCCUGAGAAGCUGAAAUACAAUUUUAAAAUUCUGGGAUCUUGUUUUUUUUUUAAUGGAAGAAUCCCAUGUUGUAAAGAACCAUUUUUUCCUUUUCUGCUGCUGAAGAUUUCAGAGAUUCUUCCUUUUUUUUUUGUUUGGAGUGAGAAGAUGGGAGGCAGCAGGAAGUUCUGUUUCAGUUUGCUCCUCAGUUUGACUUUGCUAGAAGUUCUUCAUCUUUGUUCUGCAAUUCCCUCAUGUUUGGAUUCAAGUACACCACUUCCUUAUAACGUUUCUGCUGCUUUUUGCCCUUAUAAUGGAUCAUCAUGCUGCAAUUCCUCUGAUGAUUUGAAUAUACGGAAUCAGUUUAAAGGGAUGAAUAUUUCAGACCCUAAUUGUGCUUCCCUUGUGCAAUCUCUGCUCUGUGCGAGAUGUGAUCCAUUUGCAGCAGAGUUAUUUAGGAUUGAGAGUUCACCUUGGCAAGUUCCUGUUAUCUGCAACUCCACUGUCUUACCAAAUUCAACACAAGCAAGCCAAGCAGAAAACAACUUUUGUGCCAAAGUUUGGACUACCUGUCAGAAUGUGUCGAUGAUGAAUUCGCCCUUUUCACCUGGAGGUGGAGCAAAGUCAAACUUAUCCAAGUUAUCUGAUGCUUGGCAGUCACAAUCAGAUUUCUGCAACGCUUUUGGUGGACUGUCUGAGGAUGGAGGAGUAUGUUUUGCUGGUGAACCUGUAAUUCUAAAUAAAACAGAUAUUCCACCACCCCCCAGUGGCUUGUGCCUGGAGAAAAUCGGAAAUGGCUCUUAUCUAAGUAUGGUUCCCCAUCCAGACGGUUCCAACCGGGCCUUUUUCUCAAACCAAGAAGGAAAGAUUUGGUUGGCAACUAUUCCCAAACAGGGCUCAGGAGGCUCAUUGGAACUUGAUGAAGCCAGUCCAUUUCUAGAUUUAAGUGAUGAAGUUGACUUUGAUACGGAAUUUGGGAUGAUGGGUAUUGCCGUUCAUCCAAACUUUGUGAAAAAUGGUAGAUUUUUUGCUUCGUUCAAUUGUGAUAAGACAAAAUGGCCUGGUUGCGGAGGAAGAUGUUCUUGCAACUCAGAUUUGAAUUGCGAUCCUUCACAACUACCUUCUGAUGAUGGAUCCACUCCUUGUCAAUAUUCAAGUGUCAUAGCAGAAUUUACUGUAAAUGGUUCAGCAUCUCAACCUUCUAUGGCCAAAACCGCCCAGCCAUCAGAAGUGAGAAGGAUAUUUACAAUGGGUCUUCCUUUUACAUCUCAUCAUGGAGGCCAGAUUCUUUUUGGACCAACUGAUGGAUAUUUGUACUUUAUGAUGGGGGAUGGUGGAAAUGUUGGAGAUCCAUAUAACUUUGCUCAAAAUAAGAAAUCCCUGCUUGGGAAAAUCAUGAGACUCGAUGUUGAUAGCAUACCAAGUGCCACAGAAAUUAGUCAGCUUGAAUUGUGGGGGAACUACUCAAUACCCAAGGACAAUCCUUAUACAGAAGACAAGGAUUUGAAACCAGAAAUCUGGGCAUUAGGCUUAAGAAAUCCCUGGCGUUGCAGCUUUGAUUCUGCUCGGCCAUCAUACUUUUUGUGUGGUGAUGUAGGACAGGAUUCUUAUGAAGAAGUGAAUCUCAUCACUAAGAAUGGAAACUACGGAUGGCGUACUUAUGAGGGCCCUAAUCUGUACAAUCCUCCAAGUUCACCAGGAGGCAACACAUCAGCAAAUUCUAUCAAACCUAUCUUCCCGGUAAUGGGAUAUAAUCACUCAGCAGUCAAUGAAAAAGAAGGAUCUGCAUCAAUCACAGGAGGAUAUUUUUAUCGGUCUGAGACUGACCCCUGCACAUUUGGAAAGUGAGUAUCGAAUUUCUCUUGGAAAUAUGAAUACAUUUUUCCUCCAAGGUACUAAUGUAAAAUGAUGUGGUUCUUCUUUCCACAGCCUCAACUCUAUUUAGAGUAAACUCCUGUUAUGUAAGUUCUUUUUUCGGAAUAAACUUCUCAUUAUGGAUGAUAUCUCUGCAGGUAUCUCUUUGCAGAUCUUUAUGCAGGCGCUCUGUGGGCGGGUAUUGAAAGCCCAGAAAACAGUGGAAACUUUACUACUGACCAGAUCCCUUUUGCUUGUGCUCCUGAUUCUCCUAUAAAAUGUGACUUGGUACCUGGAAGUACACUUCCGGCUUUGAACCUCAUCUUUUCUUUCGGCGAGGAUAACAACAAGGACAUUUACCUCCUUGCUAGAACUGGCGUAUACAGGGUUGUUCGUCCAAGUCGCUGCAAAUAUGCUUGUUUGAAAGAAACCACCUCACCUGAUGCAUCUCCUAGUCCUGGUUCAUCCCAUCCUUCAGAAGCGCGCCAACUAUCGUCCCUGUAUAUGAUGAACUUGUUGCCCCUACUUUCUGCUCUUUUGUUGCUUCUAAUUAGCUCUGUAUAGAAUGCCACACUACGUUAUCCAGGAUACGCGACUUCUUGAUCUGAGAAGAAACCAAUUUUUGGGUCAGUCAUAUUGUUUUCUAGAUUUCAGUUUCAUGAUUCAGUUUUGAUUGUGUUCAAGUCAUUUUGUAGCUGUUCUAGUCUGGUCAGUUUUGAGAGCAAAAGAUUACCAAAGAUUACCAAAGAUUAAACACUAAAAGAUGUGAUCUAUAAAGCACACAUCAUGGGACAGAUUUGAUAAUUUUCAUUGCAGGUCAAAAUUGGAAAGAUUAUGUACCGUCAGUUAUGCAAAUACUACAAUGUUUAUCACAUGGAUAGAAAUAGUAAUGUUAUGUAGUAGC